UUCUGGUCUCCCAGGCAACAGCCCCUCCCGCCGCCGCCCCUUCAGUCUCCUCACAGGAAAUAGGUCCAUGUUCGCCCACCGCCCGCGAGCAGCAAGCGACGAGCCCACGAGCUCCACCAUCCCGGCGGCAGAGAAGCCGCCCUUGGCUCCAUGAAGCCGUCGGCCAUAAAAGAAUGCAGUGCCCGUUCGGACUUCCACCCUCACAGAUGGCAGCGCAGAGGGUCUUCUGGCUGCGGAAUGCAGCCCCAGCCUCCUGGCGUCUUGCAGGCAGCCGCGCGGCCCGGCCCCCAGCCCUGGGCCGCUCACCCCGCGUACGCGAGAUACUGGCGACACUACCAUCAGGCGAUGGCGUGGAUGCGCAGCCACCACAGCGCCUACAGGAAGGCCACGGAGUGCUACCUCGGCGGCCCCUGGUUCCUGCCCCCCGCCGCGCUCCCCUGGAGCUGUCCCGCUAACGCAGCCAGGCCUUCUCCGCCGGCUCGGGGCCGCCCGGUGGGCUCCCCGGCCCCGCGCCGCCGACCCACGCAGGCGCGGAGGCCUAGGCGGCGCCCGCGGCCCGUGCGGGAGGAGGCGGACAGCGAGUCGGACAGCGAGUCGGCCUGGGGCGUGGAGUGCGACGUGAGCAACAUGGAGAUCACCGAGGAGCUGCGCCAGUACUUCGCCGAGACUGAGCGGCACCGGGAGGAGCGACGGCGGCAGCAGCAGCUGGACGCCCAGCGCCUGAAUGACUACGUGAACGCUGACCACGGCCUGAACCGCGGCGCCUGGCGCUCGGUGAUGCCCCCGUCCGAGAGACCCGGUGAGCGGCGCAAGGCCGAGAUGAAGCGCCUGUACGGGGCCAAUGCCGCCAAGAUCCAGGCCAUGGAGACCGCCGUGCAGCUGAGCUUCGACAAGCACUGUGACAGGAAGCAGCCCAAAUACUGGCCGGUCAUUCCGCUCAAGUUCUGAGCCCCCCCGCGCAGUGUGCCCGGCCACCACCCUCUUCCCUUUGAAUUCAGUAAAUCUCUCCCACGCAUCUCCUCAGGGACCAUCUCUCAGCCUGAGAAAUAGGCAUGUUCACCAAAGCCCCAGGGGGCUCGUCACAGGGGUGACAUGUUGGCCACUUGAAGUCAGCAAGACAGGUACAGUCGCCAAUAUGAAAGAUUUUCUUUUGACCAAAAAUGAUAAUUUCAUGUAGAUUAUACUUGGUUUUGAGAUUAAUCUUGGUGUUUGGUUCAUUAAAGUCCUCAGAGACACGA